AUGGCCGACGCUGAGAUGGACGUUGAUCCCCCGGCCACCUCGAUUGGCAAGGCCGUCGACAAAGGCGAUGCUAAGAAGCGAUUUGAGGUCAAGAAGUGGAACGCUGUUUCAUUGUGGGCUUGGGACAUCGUCGUCGACAAUUGCGCCAUCUGCAGGAACCAUAUCAUGGAUCUCUGCAUUGAUUGUCAAGCCAAUCAAGUAUCUGCCACUAGUGAGGAGUGCAACGCAGCAUGGGGGAUUUGCAACCAUGCAUUCCACUUCCAUUGCAUCUCCCGGUGGUUGAAGACGAGGAACGUCUGCCCAUUGGACAACCGAGAGUGGGAGCUGCAGAAGUACGGUCGCUAA